ACCACUGAACCAGAGAUGAAGACUCGUGUUCCAGUUAUGUCCCUAUUGUUCCUAUUCACCAUACUAAUAACUUUCCGAUCCAGCAUCUUCUGUAGUGGAACCACAUGUGUGGAUGCUGAAAGACAAUCGCUUUUGAGGUUGAAGGAAGAUGUCGUUGAAGAUCCUUUUAACAGACUUGCUUCUUGGAUCCCUGGUGGAGACUGUUGCAAAUGGGCUGAUGUUGUCUGCAACAACAUCACUGGUCAUGUAAUUGAGCUCCAACUUGGGAAUCUCUUAGCUGAUGAAGGGUCAAUCUCUAUGGGGGAGGGCAAAAUUCAUGAAUCGUUUGGCGAACUUUGCAAUUUAAGAGUAAUUGCCUUGUCAAAUAUCAAUCUUAGUCAGGAUAUAUCACAACUUUUAGAAAUUUUCUCAGGAUGCAUAUCAGAUGGAUUGGAAUCGUUAGAUUUGAGCAACAACCGAAUUUAUGGCGAACUGAAUGAUCAAUUAGGACAGUUCAAACACCUCUACUCGCUUGUUUUAAGUGACAACUCCAUUUCUGGUGUAAUCCCAAUGUCCCUAGGAGAGCUGUCCUCCUUGACAACCUUACGUCUUUUCAAUAACAAAUUGGAAGGUCCUAUCCCGUCAUCUUUAAGGAAGCUUUCCAAUCUGAGACAUCUGGACCUUUCAUCUAACAGAUUGAAUGGUUCUAUCCCAUCUUCUGUUGGAAAGCUUGUGCAUUUGACAAGAUUAGAACUUUCUGAUAACAAUCUGAGUGGUCCUGUCCCCUUCUCAUUCGGAGAGCUUUCAUCUCUGGUCGUUUUAGAUGUUUCUAGCAACAACCUGAGUGGAAUGCUCUCUGAAACUCAUUUUACAAACCAUACAAGUCUCGCCUAUUUCAGAGCGCAAGGAAAUUCACUGAGUUUGAAAGUUGAUCCUAACUGGAUCCCUCCAUUUCAACUGGAACUCCUCUAUCUUGGAUCAUGUCAAUUAGGACCUCUGUUUCCACUCUGGGUAUUUACUCAGAAGAACUUGGGUUACUUAGACAUAUCCAACUCUGGAAUUGAAGGUAACCUUCCUCAUAGGUUUUGGAGUUUUGCUUCUCAAUUAUUAGUGGUGAACAUUUCUCACAACUGAAUUUGCGGACAAAUGCCAAAUUUAACUCAGGCACCAUUCAGGGCAUCGUUAGACUUCAGCUGGAACAGAUUUUCAGGUCCAUUGCCUCGUGUAUCACACAAUAUAACAAGACUAGACUUUUCGAGUAAUGGAUUAUCGGGUGCGAUUUUCCAGUUCCUGUGCGACCAGAGAGAUGGAGCCAAAGGUCUGAAGAUACUCAACCUCAGGAGCAACUCAUUGUCUGGAGAAAUACCUGAUUGCUGGACGAGUUGGGGGCUACUUGAGGCCUUGUAUCUUGAAAACAAUAAAUUCAUAGGCCAUUUCCCCCCUUCCAUUGGAAGUUUGAGUAACCUUCAGUCGCUGCAUCUUCGAAAAAAUAACUUCUUGGGUACAUUACCUGCAUCACUUGGAAAUUGUAAUCAUUUAGUCUCGCUGGACAUUAGUGAAAACAGGUUUUCAGGGAACAUCCCAUCUUGGAUUGGCGAAAGCUUUUCAAGUUUGCUUCUUCUCAACCUACGCUCCAAUGAACUUGUUGGUCCUUUACCACAUCAACUCUGUCACUUGGAUGCAUUACAAAUUCUGGACCUGGCUUCGAACAAUCUUUCAGGGACCAUACCCGGGUGUUUUGGUGAUUUCUCUGCUAUGGUGUCUGUGGACUACUCCACUGGAAAUGACAUUUACGAUUUCGUCGAUUUCACAGGAGGAAUCAUGGAGGACGCGGUACUCAUGUACAAAGGUGGAGGGAAAGAGUUUGACAGGACUCUUAAUCUGGUGAGAAUCAUGGACCUCUCUGAUAACAAUUUCUGGGGAGAAAUCCCUGAAGAGCUCACUAAACUCAAAGCCUUGCAAUCGUUGAACUUGUCGCACAAUUGCUUGGCCGGGAACCUUCCUGAGAAGAUGGACACCAUGAAUUCAUUGGAAGUCAUUGAUUUGUCAGGCAACCAACUAUCAGGCGGGAUCCCGGGCGGGUUUUCAAGACUCAACUUUUUGAGCUACUUGAACCUGUCGGAUAACCGCUUGACUGGCCAGAUUCCUUUGAGUACUCAACUGCAGAGCUUCAAUGCAUCUUCAUAUGCUGGCAAUCGUCUCUGCGGACCUCCUCUGUCCCGGUGCUCUGUUCCUGCACCUGAUGAUGGAACCAGAGGAAAUCACGACGACGACGAUGAUGAUGAACAUGAACGCGAAGUGAAAUGGCUUUCAAUAAGCAUUGCUCUUGGUUUUGUGAUGGGUUUCUGUGGUUUUAUAGCUCCUCUAUGUUUCAGCAGAAGAUGGAAUCACAGAUAUAAUCUUUUAUUGGAUCACCUUGUGAACAAGAUCUGCUGCUUCCUCAAAUCGCUCUGCCCUCAAUAACUGUGAUCGCUGUGCCCUGAAUUAACUGCUAAAAUAACAGUUGCAUAUGUAAUUAUUGAAUAAUACGGAGUAGAAUAAUUGUAUUACUUAGCU